AUGAUGGAGGGCAGUGACCAGAUCUCUGAGAACGCCAAUGAACAAGUCAGGCCAGAGGAGCAGCCAGUGGACCCCAUGGAGGACUUCAGCAGGCAGCUAGAGGAUAUAAUCAACACGUAUGGAGCAGCAUCCAGCCUGAUGCAGGAGCAGAUCUCCAUCCUGGAGUCUGAGGAGAGAAAGGAAGAGGAGGAGAAAAGGGAAGAGGAGGAGAAAAAGGAAGAGGAGGCAAAGGCUGAUAAAGAGGCCAACCCACAAGAAGCUGGUGCCAGUACUGAGAAGGAGCAGAUAGCUGAUAAGAAACUCCUCAAGGGCCUGGGUAAAGAGGCCGCAUCCUUAUUGCAAAGCCUGAACAAGCUCGGCUCACCAGAAGAGAAAGUGGAAAUGGUGUUGAAGAAAUACACUGAGCUGGUGGAGGAACACAGGACUGAGAAGAAACAGCUGGAGCAGCUUCAGCAAAGACAGAGUCUUCUGGUCAAGCAGAGAGAUCAGCUUCAGUUCGAGCACAGUCGUGCCAUCCUGGCCCGCAGCAAGCUGGAGAUGCUCUGCAGGGAGCUUCAGAGACAUAACAGGACACUGAAGGACGAGACUCUGCAGAGGCUGCGGGAGGAUGAAAUGAAGCGGAAGGAGAUCUCCGCUCAUUUCCAGAGCACGCUAGUGGACAUUCAGAAUCAGAUCGAGCAGCACAGUAACCGCAACAACAAGCUGUGCCAAGAGAACAGUGAGCUGGCCAGCAAACUCAAGACCAUCAUCGAGCAGUAUGAGCGGAGAGAAGUGAGUUUAGAGAAGAUAUUCAAACACAGAGAUCUACAGCAGAAACUGUCUGAUGCCAAGCUGGAAGAAGCCAACAUGCUCCUCAGUCAAGCUGAGGAGAAGCACAAAAGAGAGAAGGAAUAUUUGCUUAAAGAGGCUAUUGACAAAACAAAGAAAUGCUACGCAAUGAAGGAGCAGGAGUUACAGAUGAAGAAACAGCUUGUGUUGUACUCCCAGAAGUUUGAUGAGUUCCAGAACACAUUAUCAAAAAGCAAUGAAAUCUACAUCACUUUCAAACAGGAGAUGGAUAAGAUGACAAAGAAGAUGAAAAAACUGGAAAAGGAGUCAAGUAUAUGGAAGACACGGUUUGAAAGCUGCAAUAAAGCUCUUGUUGAUAUGAUUGAGCAGAGAUCAGAAAAGGCCAAAGAGUUUGAACUCUUCACUUUAAAAGUCGACCGUCUGGAGACUCUGUGCCGAGCACUGCAGGAUGAAAGAAAAAGUCUAUAUGACAAGAUUAAAGAAAUACGGUCCUCAGAAAAGGUGACUCUAGCACCUGUGGUGGACUUGCCCCCGGUAGGUGAGCUUCCAGAGCUUGUCCAACUUCCUGAGCUGGCUACCAACCCAAUGUUGACCGCAGAGAUGAAGAGGCUGCGAGAGGAGCAGAUCCGUCUGCAGGAGUUUGCAGCUUCCUUGGUAAGUUCCAUAACAGAUGAUGCUGGAGAAUCUGAUAGUGAAGAAGAGAAGAUGGCAGAAAAGAUUCCAGCAAUUCCUGAGGCUCCCAAACUUGAAUCCAACAAACCAGCGGAUAAACCAGAAUCAACACAAGAGGAACCCUCUACCACAGAAGAAAACAAACCAGAAGCUGCUAGAGUAAACGAAGAGAAGCCAUUAGUACCCACCUCCGCCAGACCUGAGACAGAAUCCAAACUUCCUCAAGAGCCAGAGAUCACUGAACAACAGACAGGGAAACAAGAGACUGCCAAAGAGGAAGCAAGCCAGAAAGAGGUGACAAAAGCAGAAGAGACGAUUGAACAGGAAUUCACUCAGCAAAAGCCUGUCAUGAAAGAAGACAGCAAAGAUGAAGCUGUUAAACCUGAGCUACCUGAACCAGAGCCACCCAAAGAAGAGCCCCUCAAAGAAGAGCAGCCGAAGCCUGUCUUGAAAGAAGACUGCAAAGAUGAAGCUGUUAAACCUGAGCUACCUGAACCAGAGCCACCCAAACAAGAGCCCCUCAAAGAAGAGCAGCCGAAGCCUGUCUUGAAAGAAGAUUGCAAAGAUGAAGCUGUUAAACUUGAGCUACCUGAACCAGAGCCACCCAAACAAGAGCCCCUCAAAGAAGAGCAGCCGAAUCCUGUCUUGAAAGAAGAUUGCAAAGAUGAAGCUGUUAAACUUGAGCUACCUGAACCAGAGCCACCCAAACAAGAGCCCCUCAAAGAAGAGCAGCCGAAGCCUGUCUUGAAAGAAGAUUGCAAAGAUGAAGCUGUUAAACCUGAGCUACCUGAACCAGAGCCACCCAAACAAGAGCCCCUCAAAGAAGAGCAGCCGAAGCCUGUCUUGAAAGAAGAUUGCAAAGAUGAAGCUGUUAAACCUGAGCUACCUGAGCGAGAGCCACCCAAACAAGAGCCCCUCAAAGAAGAGCAGCCGAAGCCUGUCUUGAAAGAAGAUUGCAAAGAUGAAGCUGUUAAACUUGAGCUACCUGAACCAGAGCCACCCAAACAAGAGCCCCUCAAAGAGGAACACGUUGAGAAAGCCGCAGCUGCCUCUGAGGAAACCAAAGCACCGGCGACAAAACCUAAAGCCCCAAAAUCCCAAGAGGCAAAAGCAAAGGCCAGCAAAGCCCAGCCUAAAAAACAAGCUUCAGCCAAGAAGAAAGGUUCUGCAAAGGGCCCAAAUAAAAGCUAAGCCGAAAUGCAUUACCAAAGGAGUUUUUUCUUUUUAUCAUUUUUAGAUCAUUUUUUUUGUGUACUUAGACAAGUCUUGCUGCUGUUGAUGAGUUAGUAUGUCUGAGAAGUGACAUAGGCUUACUGUUCUCGGUCGCCGUUGGUCUGCGUCUGUCUGUGCAGUGUGAAUUGGCUUUAUAAGUUAAUACAGACGAUGACAAACUGGUUGUAGGACACGUUCCUUUAUGAAAGUUUACUAUAAGGACAAAUAUCUAGCUUACUGAAUGUAAUAAGGACUUUUUCCCACUUGUAAUACUUUCUCAGUACCUU